AUGGUUAACUCUUUGUGGGAGGGGAAAAGAGGUGGAUGCAUCACUCCGUCCUGCCUCAAUCUCUUUGCUCUGUUCGAUGCCCAGGCUCAGGUCUGGCUGCCCCCAAACCACGUCUUGGAGAUCUCCAGAGACAUGAGCCUGACAUUGUACUUCCGCAUGAGGUUUUAUUUCCGGAACUGGCAUGGCACGAAUCCUCAGGAGCCGGCUAUAUACCGCUGUGGGCCCCCAGGGCCCAAGUCUUCCUCAGAACAGACAGAGCAGGGGAUGCAACUGCUGGACCCAGCCUCCUUUGAGUACCUCUUUGAGCAGGGCAAGCAUGAGUUUGUGAAUGACGUGGCAUCACUAUCGGAGCUCUCGAGCGAGGAGGAGAUCCACCAUUUUAAGAAUGAGAGUCUGGGCAUGGCCUUCCUGCAUCUCUGCCACCUUGCUCUCUACCAUGGCAUCCCCCUGGGGAAGGUGGCCAAGAAGAUCAGCUUCAAGGACUGCAUCCCACGCUCCUUCCGGCUGCAGAUCCAGCAGCACAACGCGCUCACGCGGCUGCGCCUGCGGAACAUCUUCCGCAGGUUCGUGCGGGCUUUCCAGCCAGGCCACGUGUCGCAGCAGGUCAUCAUGGUCAAAUACCUGGCCACGCUCGAGCUGCUGGCACCCCGCUUCGGCACCGAGUGCCUGCCCGUGUGCCACCUGGAGCUGCUGGCCCAGGCCGUCGGGGAGCCCUACUACAUCCAGGACGGCGGGCAGGCUCCCCCAGAGCCUGGGCCGGAGUUGGCCACCGGGCCCCCCACUCAUGAGGUGCUGGUGACGGGCACGGGUGGCAUCCAGUGGCGGCCGAUACAGGCAGAGGGUCCCAGAGGCGACGGUAGCAGCAGCAGGAAUCCCCGUGCUGGCCCAUUUGGGAAGAAAACCAAGGCCCCGGAGGUGGGCGGCCAGCCCGCGGACAGGCCUCAGGAAGCGCCCUGGGCCUACUUCUGUGACUUCCAGGAUAUCACGCACGUGGUGCUGAAGGAAUGCCACGUCAGCAUCCGCUGUCAGGACAACAAGAGCCUGGAGCUGACCCUGCCUUCCCGGGCCAUGGCCCUGUCCUUGGUGUCGCUGGUGGACGGCUAUUUCCGCCUGACCGCCGACUCAAGCCACUACCUUUGCCACGAGGUGGCUCCACCACGGCUAGUGAUGAGCAUCCGGGACGGUAUCCAUGGACCUCUGCUGUGA